AUGGCUCCUGGAAUCCUAUCCACGGAGAAAUCCGAUAUUACAAAAGCACGAAAUAAAGAACAUGAGCUAGUUCUCAAAACCUUUCGCCUGCUCAUCAGCGAUCUCUGCCAACAGUUCAAUGGCGGCCAUCCAGGUGGUGCCAUCGGGAUGGCAGCUAUUGGAAUCGCCUUGUGGAAGUACGUGAUGAGAUACGCGCCGUUGCAACCAAGCUUUUUCAACAGAGACCGAUUUGUGCUCUCAAAUGGCCACACCUGCCUCUUUCAAUACACUUUUCUGCAUUUGACGGGAUAUCGUGACAUGACAAUGGAUCAGCUCAAGUCAUAUCACUCAAAACGCUGGGAUUCAAUCUGCCCCGGACAUCCAGAAAUCGAGAUUGAAGGUAUCGAGGUGACAACUGGGCCAUUAGGACAGGGAGUCGCUAAUGCCGUCGGCCUCGCUAUGGCGACAAAGAAUCUUGCAGCAACGUAUAACCGACCUGGAUUUGACGUUGUAUCGAAUCACACGUGGUGCAUGAUUGGUGAUGCUUGCCUGCAAGAGGGCGUGGCUCUGGAAGCCAUCUCCUUCGCAGGCCACCUCAAGCUAAACAAUCUGACCAUUAUAUACGAUAACAACCAAAUCACAUGCGAUGGUUCAGUUGAUCUGACCAACACCGAAGACGUCAACGCUAAAAUGAGAGCGUGCGGCUGGGAUGUGAUAGAUGUCGAAGAUGGUUGCUAUGAUGUAGUUGGUAUUGUGGCUGCAUUAGAAAAGGCUCGAGCAUCAGUAGACAGGCCAACGUUUAUCAACGUCAGAACGAUCAUUGGACUAGACAGCGCUGUUGCUGGACAGGCGGAAGCUCAUGGUGCCGCGUUUGGUGCCGACGAUGUCAAGCGGAUGAAGAGAUCUUACGGCUUCAAUGAAGACGAGUACUUUGUCAUUGGAGAUCAAGUCCGCCAAUUCUUUUUGGAUCUACCCAACCGCGGAGAGCGGAUUGUAUCACAGUGGAAUGACCUUGUAGGAAAAUAUGCAAACGCUCACCCCCUCCUUGCUGAGGAGUUUCAGCGGCGUCUGGAUGGAAAGCUGCCAUCUGAUUGGAAGAGUCUGGUACCAAGCCAUAAGAAGCUUUCUGACAAGCCAAUGGCGACGCGAGCAUCGUCUGGGUUGAUGAUCAAUCCUCUUGCUAAGGAUAUCAACUCUUUUAUGGUGGGAACAGCGGAUCUCUCGCCAUCUGUACAUAUGGCUUGGGACGGCAAACAAGAUUUUCAACACCCUGAUCUUCGGACAACUUGUGGAAUCAAUGGUUCUUAUAAGGGCCGAUAUAUUCACUACGGUGUAAGAGAGCAUGCUAUGUGUGCUAUUUCUAACGGCAUGGCAGCUUUUGCUCCCGGCACCUUCAUCCCAGUUACCAGUUCCUUCUUCAUGUUCUAUCUAUAUGCAGCACCAGCUGUGCGAAUGGGUGCUCUACAAGGACUCAAGGUGAUCCACGCAGCAACACAUGAUUCAAUCGGAAUGGGUGAAGAUGGGCCGACUCACCAACCCAUUGAGCUGGCAGCAUUGUUUCGAUCCAUGCCGAACUUGCUGUAUAUCCGUCCUGCAGACAGUGAAGAAACAGCUGGUGCCUGGAUUGCCGCCAUUGAAACCCAAAAUGCGUCUUCCAUCAUCUCGACUUCACGACACAAAGUGCCACAACUAAAGCAGACACGCCGAGAUGGCGUUGCAAAGGGUGCCUAUGUGAUUCAAGAAGACGACGAUGCCCAACUCACACUCAUUGGCGUCGGUGCAGAAUUAUCGCACGUCCUCGACGCCGCCGCCGUGCUAAUAGAGACAAAAGGUAUCCGCUGCAGAGUAGUCAGCUUUCCAUGCCAGCGAUUAUUUGAGGGUCAAUCUUUAGAGUAUAAGAGAAAUACCUUGCGGAGACAUCACGGCAUCCCAGCUGUUGUGGUAGAACCAUAUACACCGAACGGAUGGGAAAGAUAUGCAGACGCAGGUAUAAGCGUGAGGCGUUUCGGACACAGUCUCCCAGGUCCUGAGGCUUACAAGUAUUUUGGCUUCGAUGUCGAUAGUAUUGUGUCCAAGUUAUCAAGUUAUCUGACGAUGAUACACCAAGAUGAGAUCUUGAAGCAAGAGUUUAUCGACCUGUAG